AGCCAUCAACAUAACCUGAUUUAUGUUGUAUCUAGAAUUUCACGGGCAACCAGGGCAGCUCAUGGACCAGAGGUAUCACAUGGCCAUACUGAAGAAUGCCUAUUGCUGUAUGGACAGCUCAUUCUGGACCAGCUGUAGUUUAUGAACAUCUUCAAUGGUACCCUCAACGUUUUGCAGUGAUCCAGCUAUGAGCCUCUUGUGUGCUUAAAGUCUUCCUAGCAUCCUCUGGUGUCAUCCCUUUUCCCUGCAGCUACAAUGAAAGGAACACAAGUGACAUUUUGACAGCAGAACUUUGCAAGAGUGCCUAAGCAUUUCCAGGUUGGAGCAGAAACAUUGCUGACCAUUGCAGCGUUCAGUUCUUGGGCUGAGAUCUGAACCAGGAGAAGACCUUCCACUCAUCACCCCUCUUUGAUGUGAUCAGCUAUUCUAAGGGAUUAGAAUGUAUACAGAAUCAUCAGCCCUGGAUUUGUGUGAAUGGUUGGAAUCUUGAAACCUGAGUCCUCGGAAGUAUUAAAUUGGGCGCUCCACCAUUCCCUGCUUGGGAGAUAGUGAGUUUGUAGCUUUGAUUGCAAAUCUUUCACUAAACCUGCAUGUCACAAGCACUACUAUCUUCUUUGGCAGUUAAAAUGGGUAAUGAACAUUGGAGGAAAUGAAUCUACUUUAACUAUCGACUUUAAUUAGAAGAAACUGGCCAUAUCUUGCUACCACAGAAAUUUCAUAUAAACUCAAUACUGAACUGAUCUUGAACUCAUGGCUGCUUCUGCAGCUGCAGGUUCUCUUUUAAGAUUUCCUUGGAAUCAAUUUAUUAUAUCCCAUGGACAUGUGUAUUUCCCUAGACCAUGACUAUGGUUCACUGCAAUGGAGAUCCAGGGAGCCAUAGUAAUGCUAGGUGGAAUCAUGAAGAUAAUGGAGGGAACCAUACUAACGAAGUUUUGAACACAGAAGAUGAUCCAGGCAAUCAACACCAGCUGACCCCAUUUGAGAAACUUAUUCUAGAUAUGUCCCAGAGUGAAAAAAUAGUAAAAGAAUUAACUCUGGGCAAGAGGGUUGGGUUUUACAGCAUCAGAGGUAAAAUUGGAAGUGGGAACUUUUCCCAAGUGAAACUUGGAAUACAUACUCUGACAAAAGAAAAAGUAGCCAUCAAGAUCCUGGAGAAAAGUAAAUUAGACUACAAAACCCAGAGUCUCCUCUCAUCUGAAAUUUCUAGCAUGGAGAAGCUGCACCAUCCAAACAUUAUCAGGCUUUAUGAGGUCAUGGAGACCUUCUCCAAACUGUACCUGGUCAUGGAGUACGCUAACGGAGGAGAGCUGUUUGCUAAAAUCAUAAUAGAUGGGAAGUUAUCGGAAGAAAAGAGCAAGCACGUUUUUGCUCAGAUUGUGUCUGCCAUUAAACACAUGCAUGAGAACAACAUAAUUCACCGGGACCUGAAAGCCGAAAACAUCUUUUACGCCAGUAACACGUGUGUGAAGGUGGGAGAUUUUGGAUUCAGCACAGUAAGUCAAAAAGAGGAGUCCUUGAACACCUACUGUGGUUCUCCUCCUUAUGCUGCUCCGGAACUUUUCAGAGAUGAAAAUUACAUUGGGGUUUACGUGGAUAUCUGGGCCCUAGGAAUCCUUUUGUAUUUCAUGACCACGGGGCUCAUGCCUUUCCAGGCAGACACGGUGGCCAAGCUAAAAAAGUACAUUCUUGGUGGGAUAUAUAGCGUGCCACCAUUCCUGUCUGAAUCUUGCCAGAGACUGAUUUGGGCGAUCCUACAACCAGUUCCAUCAGAACGCUGCUCCAUUGAUAACAUUAUGAACAGUGAAUGGAUGAAUGGUGUACAGUAUCCCAAACCCUUGGAGCCCUUUAAGCUGGAUCCCAAAUUUUUGUCCGAGGACAAAACUCUCCAGAAGGAAGAGGCUGAGGUAAAAAUCAUUUUGAACCAUUUGGGAAUCACAGAAGAGCACAUCCAGAAUAACCAUGGGAGAGAUUACUACACUUCAGUAACUGGGACUUACAGAAUUGUUCUUCACCGAGUGCAGAAAAAACAGGCCAUGGAAAUUGUCCCUCUUGUCAGCCAACCUGAACUCAAGAAAGAAAGGACAAAGAAAAAUCUGUGUACCUAUCAGGGCCACAAAUAUUCAUCAAAACUCUGUUUGAUUUUAUAAAGCACCUUCCUGGAUUAGUCUCACACAAGAUUAUUAUUAUUUUUUUUAGAAUGUUAUCCCACCUUUAUUACUUUAUAAGUAACUCAUGGCAGUGAACAUGUGCAAUACUCCUUCGUCCUUCUUUUUUCCCUACAACAAUAACAACCCUUUGAAGUGGGUUGGGCAGAGAGAGAAUGACUUUUUGGAGUCCUUUUGUUUGCCCUGAGCAUUUUUGUGAUUUUGAAAAAGUAAAAAGGAUGCCUUAAAGUUUCUAAUGUAUGGUUUCCCAAAACUUAAUGCCAAAGCCUAUGCAUUCUGUGAUUUAAUUCCUUUUGUAAGGUAUUUUUCAGACUUCAAAAUCUAUCUGAGGAGAAGAUAAAAUUCUGUUUUUGGAGGAA